UUGUAAGAAGGAGCCUUUUGUCGUGAAUGAAGCAAAAAGCAAAACAUGUGAGGAAAUCUGAAAAUUCAGACUUUUAAACUUUACGGGUGCCUAUGGGUAUAUGAACACAGUGCUAUCUGAGCUUGGUUGUCAUCGUGGAGAAAGAGGAAUUAUGAUGUCUUCUAGAUCGACCAUUCUUGGCACUAGACCCAUCAUUGGAGGAGAUGUUGGUCGCUGUUCAGCCCAGAUCAUGGUCUUGGGUGGUUUGAUGGCAUUGCCUGGUGGGAUUAUUACUGGCAUUGGGUACGCUGGUGGCGAGGCAGACAGCGAACAGUUUUACAUGCUUGGACCAAUUCUGCUGGCACUUGGAACUUUCCUUGUCAUCUUAGGAAUUACCUUCAAGGUGCUAGUUAUGAGGGGUUUGAUUAAGCCUGGAGCAAACAAUGCACCCGGAAAUGUACUCGAAUUACCUCCCGAUCAGCUGAGAUAUCCAUGGACAAUGUCUCAGCCAGCAAGCAUGCCUAAUUUCCCACCUGCAUACUGUGUCGAGAUGCAGAGCACAGACAUUUCACAAGAAGAGGGCCCACCCAUGUACACACCAUCUGGAGAAAAUCAGAGUACUGACAUCUCACAAGUCGGUCCACCCAUGUACACGCCUUCACCAGAGAUGGAUGCCACGACUGAAUCUUCUGCAUAUGUCAAUGAAGCUUUUAGUGACAUACCAGUGGAGCCUCCACCCUCAUAUGAAGAGUCGGAGACAGUGCAUUGAUUUAUGGUGGAAGAGCAAUAAAGGUUUUACCUGCAUGACACACGGAAUUAUCAAGACUUUUGUUUUAUAAAAGUUUAAUUAUAUCUGUAUCUGCUGUAUGAUUUCAGUUCAUGUUGGGUAUGCAUUAACUUGCGUACCAUUACUCGUAUGGUACUCCAAAAUGUGUUCAGAUAUUUUAGAUUUUAGUUUUUUGUACAAGUAGAUUUCAUUACAGAACAAACCAAUUGUAAAUAAAAGAAAAAUUCAGCACGGUCCCAAAUCAAAAAUUCUGUUUCUGUGAUAUUGUAUUUGUAUGGUAGACUUGUAAAAUAGCAGCUAAAGCGAUAGCUUUGCCUGUGGCUUAUUACAAGCAUAGAUUAAGACAUUCAUGUCAUACUAUACAUACAAGGAAACUCUUGGGACUAAUUAGAGAGGUUUCACCGUCCAGUCCACUUUUUCAUGCAUGUAACACAUCAUAAAUGAUUAUUUGUGAAAACUCUCCACUAAUAUUGCAAUUUUGUACUUAUCAUCAGACAUUUUGAUACAAAAUCUUAUAACAGUAUAUUUUUACAAUCAUUUGUUAAUUGUUCUUGUUUUCACAACAAAGGGAGUUGGUUAUAUGUAGAGCACAUUUAGGAAGGAGUAGCAACUAAGCAGCUAAAGUUCAAAAGUGACCAAAGAAAAGUGUGACUGUCCUGGUUUUGCCAUGCUGCGACUCGGGAGGAAUCUGUCAAAAGAGAAGAAAUUGCAACGACCUGUUUACUUCAUUAAGAAUUUGUUUAUUUCACCAAUUGAGGCUACAUUAUCAUCAAAUACUGUACAUGGAUAUAUAGAGAAUAUCAGCGGGAGCACUGAAUGAUGCCCCCCCCCCCCAUAUAUUCACCCGCCGAGUUAUCACACGUACAGCCAAAAUGCACCAUUCUCCUACACUGUCUGUAACUCAAGCCCUUGGCAAGCCAGCACUUCUUGUCGACGCAACUUGCAAUAAAAUUAAGAAGAUAUGUCGUCUUUGAGAAAAACUGUCAAUCAAUUGGUUUGAUGUUGAUUACAAGUUGCAAAUCACCAAUUCUAGUCGCCGACACCUGGGAUGACCACUGCAAAAAAAACAUUUUUGUUGCACGAGAUCAUGACCGUAGGUCGCAAUGACAAAACUCACUUGUUUGCGUGGCGCUUCAAUAAUUUGUCUGCAGGCACUAAAAAUUUGCCCCUGGGCCUCGGACUCUUGGCAUCCCACUGUAACCACAUAGCCCAAUUUGCUGCUGGUUGGGCACUAAUGAGUUCUACAUGUAUAAUUGACAGAAUGUUUCUGCACAUGCCUCUACACAUGCAAGCAGAGCGAAAAAUCAGGGAGGCUACGGCAAAACUCCACUUCUCUGCUUCCAUGAAGUACAUGUACAUGUACAAGUAUACAAUACGAAGGAUUGAAUUUGAAUAUUUUAUCCUUAUGUAUGCAAAACUGAUCUAUGUACAGGCCAGAAGGACAGGUUUGUGCAUACAUGACCACCUCAAAGAUCACACUGAAUUCAUUGUCAUACAACAGACAUCACAAUCAUCUCCACAAGAAAGCAAAAAGGACUACAAAUUCAUAAUGACAGUAUUUUUCUUUAAGGAAACAAGGAAAAUCUAGUUUUUGAAAGGGGAUCCAAAUGUAGCAAUGUUUAUUUUUUAAGCUAAAAAUGAAACUGUCUUUAAUGAA